CAGAAGGGGGGAGAUGUUAACUGAGUCGAGUUUUAUAAGAGCAACUUUACAAAAUGAAGACAUUGGCUUAAUAUACAGACUGCGGUAGUGUGUAUAUUCUUGACUUGACGAUGAGGUUAACUGUACAUAUAUGUUUGUGUUUGACUGUGAUUAGUUUGAAGGUAUAUGCUGAAGAUGAUUUGGAAGGUGUUGUAGUUGAAGCAGCUGCGCUACCUGGAGAAACAAGAAGUAGCCGUCAGUUCUAUUUCAGAGGACCUUCCAUUCCUGUUUAUAAUCCCUUCAUGAUACCACAAGUUUGGAGCUCCUUCAGUACAAACUCUUUAAACAUUCCAACCAUUGGUCAAUGCUUCACAGCUAAAGGAGUUGUAGGAAAAUGUACAUCGUUCCGACAAUGUUAUCCCUUCUUUAAAAUUGCAGAGUUUGGCAACUUUGAAAGCUGGGUGUUAGGAAUGUACGAUACAUGUAGCUAUUAUACAGCACAAGGCAGACAGAUGUUUGGAGUAUGUUGUACAAAUCCAAAUCCUGGAAAACCUGCUGAGUCUUCCCCAGGAUCAUCUACGGAACUUCCAAUAGUUGAAGCUGAAGAUACUGUUAUAGAUGCACUACAAACAAAUAGUAGCGCAAUACCUUAUUUUCCACAAAUAUUUAACUGGCCUCCCCCAUUACCUACCCAUUCCCCUGAUAAUACCAUUCCACCACUACCGACACAUCCUCCUUCACUUGGCUUGCCUACCGUAUCCCCUACAGCCUGGCCGCCAACUUCCAAUAAACCUGUAAGUCCAAUAUAUCAGCCAACUGUUAAACCCAUUUACCAACCUUCUUUUCCGACGUACAAACCACCUACAUACAAACCUCCAACACACAAACCCACUAGUAAACCAACAAUAGCUACCGUUGCUACUCCAGCCCUUCCAGUUGGUGCCUGUGGCGCCAAAAAUGGAUAUCAAGAUCAAAAAAGGAUUGUCGGGGGACACAACGCUGAGGUCAAUGAAUGGCCGUGGAUUGCAGCACUUUUUAAUGGAGGAAAACAGUUCUGUGGGGGAUCACUGAUUGAUAACAAUCAUAUACUAUCAGCUGCGCAUUGUGUAGCACAUAUGAGUUCCUGGGAUGUCGCUAGGCUAACAGUAAGGCUCGGGGAUCACAAUAUCAAAUCCAACUCUGAAACAAGACAUAUUGAAAAACGAGUUAAGAGAGUCGUCAGACAUAGAGGAUUUGAUUCUAGGACCUUAUACAAUGAUAUUGCAAUCUUGACCUUGGAUAGUCCAGUGGAUUUUAACCAGCAAAUUAGAUCAGUUUGUCUUCCCACCAGCAGUACCGAUCCCACAGGGAAAACUGGGACAGUUAUAGGAUGGGGAAGUUUAAGAGAAAGUGGACCACAGCCAGCCGUUUUGCAAGAAGUCAAUAUUCCAAUUUGGAACAAUCUAAACUGCAAGUCCAAGUAUGGUCCUGCUGCUCCUGGAGGUAUUGUUGAGCAUAUGCUGUGUGCUGGUGAAGCUAACAGAGACUCCUGUAGUGGUGACAGUGGCGGCCCCCUUAUGAUCAACGAUGGCAAAUGGGUUCAAGUUGGUAUCGUCUCAUGGGGCAUAGGAUGCGGUAAAGGACAAUAUCCCGGCGUCUAUACCAGAGUUGAGAAAUUUUUACCUUGGAUUCAAAAGAACCUUAAAUAAGUAGUGAUAUAAGGAAGUAAAUAUUUUCUAUGAAAAAAAAGAAGUAAAUUAAGUUUAAAUAAAUAUUUAUUUUUAAUAAUCUUAGUACAUAAUUAAUAAAAUAUGUAAGGAAUA